UUUUUUUUUUUUUCCUGGGAGGAGGGGGAUUCUUCAUUUUGGCACUUCAUGUUUUUCUGAAAACUUCGCGGCGAUUUUCCCCUUGCACCAGCCUGGACUAAUGGAUUACCACCUGCUUGGACUAAUUCUGUCUUUUCUCUUCAAUGGCACAAAGGUCUUAGCCGGUUACCCAAUUUGGUGGUCCCUCGCCCUGGGCCAGCAGUACAGCUCCCUGGGGUCCCAGCCCAUCCUCUGCGGCUCCAUCCCCGGCCUCGUCCCGAAGCAGCUCCGCUUCUGCCGCAACUACAUCGAGAUCAUGCCCAGCGUGGCCGAGGGGGUGAAGUUGGGCAUCCAGGAGUGCCAGCACCAGUUCCGGGGCCGCCGCUGGAACUGCACCACCAUCGAUGACAGCCUGGCCAUCUUCGGGCCCGUCCUGGACAAAGCCACACGAGAAUCCGCCUUCGUCCACGCCAUCGCCUCGGCCGGGGUGGCCUUCGCUGUCACCCGCUCCUGCGCCGAGGGCACCUCCACCAUCUGUGGCUGUGACUCCCACCACAAGGGACCCCCGGGGGAUGGCUGGAAAUGGGGGGGGUGCAGCGAGGACGCCGACUUUGGAGUGCUGGUGUCCCGGGAAUUCGCGGACGCGCGGGAGAACCGGCCGGACGCGCGCUCGGCCAUGAACAGGCACAACAACGAGGCCGGCCGGACGACCAUCCUGGAUCACAUGCACCUCAAGUGCAAGUGCCACGGGCUCUCGGGGAGCUGCGAGGUCAAGACCUGCUGGUGGGCCCAGCCGGAUUUCCGGGCCAUCGGGGACUACCUGAAGGAUAAAUACGACAGCGCCUCGGAGAUGGUGGUGGAAAAGCACCGCGAGUCCCGGGGCUGGGUAGAAACUCUCAGGGCCAAGUACGCGCUUUUCAAGCCGCCGACGGAGCGGGACCUGGUCUACUACGAGAACUCCCCCAAUUUCUGUGAGCCCAACCCGGAGACGGGCUCCUUUGGGACGAGGGACAGAACGUGCAACGUCACCUCCCACGGCAUCGACGGCUGCGACCUCCUGUGCUGCGGGAGGGGCCACAACACCCGGACUGAGAAACGCAAGGAGAAAUGUCACUGCAUCUUCCACUGGUGCUGCUACGUCAGCUGCCAGGAGUGCACGCGGGUCUACGACGUCCACACCUGCAAGUAAGCACAGCUGGGUCUCCACUGGUGGAGGUUGCUCCAGAGCAGGGCCCAGGGGUCCAUCAGACCCAUGGUCAGCCCCACACGUGGCCUCACACCGCAGAGGACGGCACAAAACUCCUGAUGGCCCCGGCCAGGGCACACACCCAGGGCACCCAGGGCACCCAGGGCGUGGAGAAGGCUCUGGGAACCUCACCCGCAUGAGGUGUGACUGCUGAGCCCUCAGCAGGACGGGCUGCCUGGGGAGGGCAGGGACAGGACAGGGAGAGCAGGGACAGGACAGGAGCAGGGACA